AUGCAGUUCAUCACCCUCGCCGUUGCGUUUGCCUUCUUCACCGGUGUUACUUCAUCGCCGGUGUCCAUUGACCGUAGAGCCUCCAAGGACGACCCCUCUUCGUCCAGUGACGCUUCUGCUAGCGCUUCUGCGGCCGCGCAUGCUCACUCAACAUGGUCCGGGCCGACCCCAACUCCUGGACCUCUGCCGUCAGUGUCGGCUGAAGCCAAGGCUCAAGCCGCCGCCUCUGCGAAAGCCCAGUCCCAGUCGGCUCCUCAUCCCAUCCAAACAGUUGGCCAGGCCCCGUCAGCAUCGGCCAGCGCUAAUGCAUCAGCAGCAGCUGCUGCUCAAGCCGCGCAAUCGGCCGGGACACCCACUGUCCCUGUUGCAUCGCCAUCCACAUCAUCGGCCAACGCCAACGCUAAUGCGGCAGCCAACACGGGAGCAAACGCAGCUGGGAAUGGCUUCCCCGGUCCUAACGGUAACCUUCCCACAGGUAUCUCUGGCCCGAUUGACUUUUCAGGCGAUGACUUCGGUGACAUGUCAUUCUCAGGUGCUCCAGGUUCUCCCAUUGUCGGCCCUUUCCCAAGUGGUCCUUCAGCAGGCCCAGCCCCCACAGGCCCAUCGGUAUCUUCCUCAUCCAGCCAGUCGAACGCCUCUUCCGGCUCUAGCUCCGCUGGCCCUACCGGCCCGCAGGGCCCAAUGACCCCACCUUCUUCCCAAACCGGAUCAGAUCAACCCUCGAUGCCCGGGUUCCCUGGAUCCCAGGACUCCCAAUCAAUGGGACCCCCUGGGUUCCCAUCCAGCAGCCAGCCCCCAUUCAACGGCGCGUCGAUGCAAUCCCCUCCGCAAGCUGGUCAAUCUACCAGCAUGAACGGACCCCCAACUUCAUUCCCCCCGCAGUUCGGUGGUCAGCCCCCAAUGCCUUCUUCACCUCAGUCUGGUGGUCAACCUGCUGGCCCAACUGGCCCGUCAAUGCCAUCUGCAUCUCAGCCGGGUGGAAGCCCUCCCAUGGAUCAAUCUUCUCCAUCCCUGCCGCCGAUGGGCCCGUCCGGAGCUCAGCCUAAUGGCCCCUCCGCAGGGCAACCUCCGAUGACCUCCGGCUCCUCUCAACCAGGCCCUAACGGUCCACCUCAAAUGCCCCAAAUGCCAUCCUUCCAAAGCCCACCAGGCGGGCAGAUGCCUCAAUUCCCUCCUCCCCAGUACCAAGGCUCCAGCGACGCCGAUGCUUUCGCUGAGGCCAACGCGCGAGCUCAUGCCCAAGGGUACGGUAGACCAGCUCAUGGCGCAGGCUACCCCGGAGGAUACGGUGCAUUCUACCCAUCCGGCGGAUUCGCCUACGGACCGGCUCACGGUGGAUUUGCCUACCCGCGUCCAGCGUACGGCCCUGGUAUGGGAUUCGGUGGCGGCGUCGGAUUUAACGCUGGAGUUGGCCUAGGAGGUCUUGGCGGCGUUGGUGUUGGGCUGGGCGGUCUCGGUGUAGGAGCAGGUGUUGGGCUAGGCGGCCUUGGUGUCGGAGCAGGUGUUGGACUGGGCGGCCUCGGUGUAGGAGCAGGUGUCGGACUGGGCGGCCUUGGUGUAGGAGCAGGUGUUGGCCUUGGUGGCCUCGGUGUAGGAGCAGGUGUUGGCCUCGGUGGCCUCGGUGUAGGAGCAGGGUUAUCAAUCUAA